AUUUUAAUUACUAUUGUUUAUCUUUUUCCUUUUCUUUUAUAUAUAUAUAUAUAUAUUGUUCUAUAAUAAUAAAUAUCUGUAAAAAUAAUUUGUAUUAUUUUAUUUUUUAUUUUCUAAAAAAUGUGUAAUAUUAUAUGCUUUGAAGAUUUACCUAAUGAGGUUUUAUAUUUAAUAUUAUCAAAUAUAUCUGGAGAAUUUAUAAUAUCAACAUUUCAAUAUACAUCUAAAUUUUUAUAUAAUGUUUGCAGUGAUGAGUUGUUUUGGAAGAUACUAUCAACACAAACUUAUAAGAACUCACCAAAAUUAAAAUCAAGAUUUUUACAGUUACAACAGCAACAACAACAACAACAACUAAAUUACAAUGAUGAUGAAGAUAAUUUUAAUGAUUUGGUUUUAAAUGAUAAUAAUAAUAUGGUUGAUGGUGCUGAUGAAUAUCAGGUUUUAAAUAAUCAAUCAUUAGAAAAUAAUUUUAAUAAUUUAGAUCUCCAAAACCAAAGAAGACUUUUAAACUAUCAAAAAAACAGUUGGAAGUAUUUUUUUAUUAAGAGUAUUACACCAAAAUAUUUAGUAAUGGGUUCAGAAAUAGAUAAUACCAGAUUAAAAGAAAUUAGAAAUGUUCUCGUUGAAAAAGGUUUAAAAAAUGUAGAUUAUUUUAAUGUGUUUGGGUUCAAUGGAGUUUCCCAAUCAAAUCUAUUUCAAUAUGAUGCUAUUUUAUUCUUUUCAUACUGUGGUUUUAGACAAAAAACAGUUGGUAAUAUUUUAGCUGACUAUGUUGAUAAUGGUGGUGGAAUUGUUUUGGCCGCAUAUUCAAAUUGUGGCAAAGGAAAUAGAUUAGAAGGAAGAUGGUUAGAAGAAGAAUAUAAUCCAUUUAAUGAUGGUGUAACACAAAGAGUCUUUCAAUUAAAACUAGGUAAAAGAUAUUUUGAAAAUCAUCCUAUUUUAGAAAAUGUAAAAGAUUUGCAAGGUGGGUUACAUAGUUCCCACAGUGAUUCUUCAGAAUCAAAGUAUGCUAUUAAAAUUGCAGAUUGGGAUAACGAUAGACCCCUAAUUGUAGAGUUACAAACUAAAGCAUCCCCAAUUGUUGGUUUAAAUUUCUAUCCACCCUCAAAUGAAUUUGAUAGAACAAGCUGGGAUAGUAAGACCGAUGGUAUUGAAAUAGUAUACAACUCUUUAAAAUAUGUAACCCCCAAUAAUAGCAAUAAUACCAUAUUAAAUAAAAUUAUAUAAUUGUAAAAUAGAAUAAAAUGCUAAAUAUAAAAUAAAAUAAAUAAACUUUUAUUUCCAUGUAAAUAAAACUUUAAAAACUUUUCAACCCC